AUGUCUCGUGUUACCGAACGCAUCGCUAUCGAGCUUGCUUCUCUUGGAGUCGACUACGCCGAACUGGCUUCCUGUUUAGCCGCUUGGCCACCCAGUCUUCUUGAGCCAAUUUCUACUGUCACUGGCACUGCUACCAUUGCUGCAACCUCCUCCCAACCUUCUUCUUUGUCCCCAUUCUCCAAAAGCAUUGCUACAGACAGCACCACUGCUUCUUUACCUACCCCAUCAGGUUCGUCUUCUGCAAAAGCCGCUAGCUCUAUUUCUGCUUCUAAUAGCGUCCCCGUUUCUUGCUCCUCUUUCACUCCAUUAACUGUUGCUACUUCUGCAGCUGCCGCCCUCCUGGCUCCCUCAUCUCCGCCUGUUACCUCUACAGUGACUGGAGAGAUUCGAAUUCCUGAUACCAGAGAGAUCAGUCCCAUUCCUUCAUUUGUCGCCGCCGCACGUCAGACCUCAAAGGCCGUAAAUCGGCUGGCCGGGAUGAUGGAGACUCGGCUGGCCGAGUUCUGGCGCGAUGGACUUGCAUUCGCUGAGAACGUGAAAACAGUACUCAAAACACGAGAUGGACUUGAGGUGGGCUGA